GUGUGUGUGUGUGUCGGCUGGGUGUGGUCUGACAUGGGCUCCGUGUGUGUGUGUGUGUGUGGGCUCGGCGUUCCUCAACAGUGCUUUAACUUUCCACUCAUCAAGCGAGCGUGAUGCUAUUAAAAAUGGGACCAAAGGACUCUCAAACCUCUAGGUGGAGACCCGGCGCUGAUGUGGCAGCUUCCUGUUUACCCCGGUGCGGCCCUGCUCCUUCUCUUCUGCGCUGUCAUCUUGCUUAUCAAGACACAGUGAAUUUAAGAGCCACUGAGCCUUUGGGUUCAGUUAUCUCCUCUCGGUCCUGCGUGUUGUCUCCGUCGGACUGCGUCCUCUCGGGGCCACGUAGGCCUCUGCCUCUGUUCUCUCGUCACUCCACGAAAUCAUCCCUUCACAGAUCAAAGGCACGGUCCAGGAGCGUGAUACCCGGAGAGGGAGGCCUCGGCCCAGGCUCACCGCGCUCCCCCAGAUCCAUGGAGAGGCCCCUGAAGUCCGGCUGGCUCAAGAAACAACAGAGGUCUCUGGUGAAGAACUGGCAGCAGCGUUACUUUGUGCUGAGAGGGAGCACGCUGACCUACCACAAAGAUGACAAGGAAACCACUGUGCAGGGAGUCAUCCAGCUGCGUUUCAGUAAAGUUAACGACCUCCCGCCGAACUUGGAUGACCCCGGGAAGUACCUGUUUGAGAUCAUACCACGUACGACUAAAGACAGAGAGCGAUGUCCCUACGUGUUCAUGGCAAACUCCCAGAGUGACAUGGAGGAGUGGGUCCGCACUCUGCGCAAAGUCAUUGGAGUACCAACAAGUGGAGUGUUUGGAAAGGGUCUCGUGGACACGGUGACGUAUGAGCAACGGUUCGGGCCUCAUAUGGUGCCGAUCCUGGUGCAGAAGUGUGUGGAGUUCAUCACGGAGAACGGCCUGGAUGAAGAGGGCAUCUUUCGCCUCCCGGGUCAGGACAAUGCUGUGAAACAGUUCAGAGACGCCUUUGAUGCAGGAGAGAGACCCUCCUUCCCUAAGGACACGGACGUCCACACGGUGGCGUCACUGCUCAAGCUGUACCUGCGCGAGCUUCCUCAGCCUGUGGUGCCGUGGGCUCAGUACCAAGACUUCCUGGACUGCACCAACCCGCUGGACUUCAGCAGCACACAGGGUUGGGAAAAGUUGCAGAAACAAAUUGCUCUCCUCCCCAGAAUCCACUACAACCUUCUCGGUUAUGUCUGCCGGUUUUUGUUUGAGGUGCAGCAGCACUCCAAGGUGAACAAGAUGAAUGUGGAGAACUUGGCCACCGUGAUGGGGAUCAACCUGCUCAAACCUCAGAUAGAAGACCCCAUAUCUGUGAUGAAGGCCACUCCUCAGAUCCAGAAGCUGAUGACGGUGAUGAUCAGAAAGCAUGACAUUCUGUUUCCUCUCUCCGAAGACGUCCUUCCCUCCCCUCCCUCAAAGAAGACUGAAAGCCAGAAGAACACGCCCCGCAGCUUCGUGGGCUGGGAGUCCGCAGAGAUGGGGGACGCGUCGCUGUCUGAGUCUCCAGAAGAGGAGGAGGACAUUGACAGUCCCGGUCCAAACAGAGGAGACUGCAGCCCCCAAAACACGUGGCAGGAGCCUCGCUCCACUUCCACAGACGACUGGACGGGAAGUCACCGCAAACGCACCCAGACCCUUCCCACCUUCAACUGCCCUCUCACGGGGAUGGCCGCCAAGGCCGAAGCUCUCAACCGGUGGAGUAACAUCCACGAGAACGCGGAGGAGAAGAGCGGGACAUUGUCAGAGGACAUUUUUAAGAUCCUGGACCUCCGGAGCUCAGGCUCAUUGUUCGGGGGGCCUCAGACGAGCAACAAGGGGGGAGAAGAUAAGAUAUUAGCGGCCCAGAGAGAAAGGGACGACACGGGUUCUUCAACCCCCGCCUCCCAAAAACCCGGCGGCGGCGGCGGCGGCGGCGGAGUUCAGCCCGCCCGCGUGCUGUGUCAUCAGAAGAAUGUGGGCAGCUCGAUGGGACCAGACCAGCAGGUCAGCGGGCGGUCUGAGCAGGAGACGGACGGCCAGCCGCUUGCAGACAGUCUGCAGCAGGAGAACAUGGAGCUGAAGGCCACAGUGGCAGAGCUCCAGUCCGCCCUGGAGGCAGAGCGCCGGCGAGCGGCCGCGCUCGAGCUCUGCCUGAGAAACGCUGAGCGCAGCCGAGACGAAGCUCAGAGACGCAACGAGGAGCUGCAAAGAGACAUUCAGCAGUUCCUCACCAAAAAGACACAAGCUGCUACCUAGCGUCACUUUUCACUAGUAUUUGUAUUUAUGACGCCAACAGAGCUAAUUUCACAUGAACUGGUUAAGGAAAAAUCCUGCAUUGGGAUUAGAUUGUGUUUCUAUUUGAGCUCUAUUUGGUUCUCGAGUUAUUGCAUUGGCUCAUUUGCUUUGGGCCUAAAUAGGUUUUAAUAUCAGUAUUCACAUUACAGACAUUGUAGGCAUGUUCCUCCCUACCAAGAACUGCCUUCGAUCUGGUCUGUCCACAGGGGAAACACUGGUUUCGAUUGAAUCGUCUGCUCCGAGGUCGACUGUGGAAAUACUAUGUGUAUGUGGAUUGACGAAUCCAUUAUUUGAUGUUUCAUGUCAGUGGUAAAUUAAUAAAACAGCCCAGAAGUGA